AUGUCUCAACAACCAGCGGAAUCAGACGCGCUUCAAUCCACGAUGUCUAUAGCACAGCAGCCACAAACCGCCUCCUUGCAAGAUGGCGAGCUGACCACAGGGACCAAUUCGGCUGAUAUUGGCUAUGUUGAUCAUUUGCUUGGUAAACUGUCCGUCGAGAAGCUGGACUUUGGCGAUCAUGAGAUCUUCGAAACCGCACGCGAUCAAGACCGCCGUAACCUUCAGUGUGGCUUAUCACUCCCUUCUUCCGAUGCGGCAACUAGUUUCACUGUCAACAAGGACUUGGCAGUAUCAAGGUCCAUCUGGAUCCACACUAAUAUCGACAACCUCGCUGAGAUCCCCACCAAGCAGUACAGUCCGGCUGUUGUCAAGAUUGUUGCCAGUUCCAUCAUCGGUAUCAAGUACAGCCUCGCCGAAGAAGAUAUUCCGAGCGACACAACGGCAACCGCGAUGCACCUGCAGCUAUAUCUCUGCGCGACUGAGAUGGGUAUGGAGUGCCUCGAAAAGUUCGCAUUCAAGUUCUUCAGGAAUGCCCUUACUAAAGAUGGAUCGACACCUGAAGGGCUCAGGAGCUUGGUCGAGCAUCACAAGCUGUUCACUGUGGAUUUCUGUCAGAAGGCAUUCACAGUACCUCAGUACGAAAAGGUCAUGUGUACUUUCGCGACUCACAUCAUUGUGUAUGAAGACGUCUUCGACGGAAGCAGCUUCUACAGUGGACUGCCAGUGGUUACAGCAGGAUACUUGCUCAGAUACCUGCACAAAGUCAAGACAAACGUCAAGCUGAGGCUCGAAGCUCACAAGAAGGGUUUAGUUGGCGCGAAUAAGGCACAUCGACGUCGUGCUUCGCGGGAGCUCCACGGUCGAGGUCCUAGCUCGCGUCGUCUCAUCGACGAUGUAACGCUUACACCAUCUCACAUACCCUCGGCUGCGUCGGCUUUCGAACAGCUUGACGGUCGCCGCCUUCUUGAGCAGAGCGUGGACGGCAGUUCCCUCACACCCCGCGCCGGACGAUACCAGCAUCAAAACCGCUUACUGCCGAGCGGCGACUCGCGAUUCCGGGAGCUAGAUGAAGAGGACGAUGAAGCCUUCAACCCACCCUUCGCAUCCACCAGCCCGAUCCGUCCCGUGAAGGGUGGCACCAACCGGGAGAUAGAACAUGAUGAAGUUCUUAUCGAGGACGGUACCGAUGCCGACAUGACCUUCGUCAUAGCCAGCCAAGGCGUCAUCUCGUCUGACAACGGGGGACAGUCUCAGCCACCUCCUCCUCCUCAAGCGGGCGGCAACGUCGCAGUGGAGCCAAAGGAUAUCACCAUGCUCGAAGCCCCGGAGUCGGAAAAGAAGGACACGACUAUGGUCGACCCCCCGAAGUCUGCAAAAAAGGACACGACCAUGAUAAACAACACCACGAUGGGCAUAGGUAGUCCUGGACCUGGCUCCUGA